AUGAACUUAUACCCGGCUAAGUGGUUGAAGUUAUCCAAAUGUAGCAAUAAUCUUCGGUCAGAAACAAGAGACAAGAGACAAGUGAGAAAUCUGGGAAAGCAAAACAUCCACCGGGCAGGACAAUUUCGUCUUUUUAACUCCACUACAGCGGUUAGGCUGUUAUUGGAAUGUCGGUUGGUUCGGCGGAACAAAGUAAAUGGUGAGGGUUUAACUUUCCUUGACAUCUUAAGAAACCAAGAACAGAGAGAUCAGGAGGCAGGUGGAGGCUUAAGAAGCCAGGGACCAGGAGAGGAGGACCAGGAUUUGGAACAAGUUGUUGUAAACACCGGGUGUAAAAAGGCGGCUUCGGUGCCAAGAGCCAAGGCAAGGUUUGAGACUUUUAAAUCGCCACACACUUUCGGGACUUUCUGCUCCACGUUCAUGAAACGCGAAAGGUCUAACGUAUCAGAUGAAGCUCGUGGAGUGUUCCUGAUUAUAUGCACUUUGAUAAUAACAGCAACUUAUCAGACUGCACUCCAGCCUCCAGGAGGCGUACACCAAUCUGAGGAUUCGAAUGCGGGUUCCGUGGUGAUGAAACAGACAUUCUUCAUCCUUCUUUGGAUUUCUAACACGGUCGGAUUCUGCUGCGCUAUACUCUACACGUUUUGUCUCAUGCCGCUUGGUAGUAGGCUGGCAUGUUGGUUCUUUUGGAUUGGGGGAUCUCUGUGCAUUUCUUAUGCUCUAGCCAUGGCAGUUAUCUCACCGCAUCCUUUAGUGUUUCUCUCCACCACCUUCGCUUUCUUCCUGCUCUUUGCUCUCUAUCUCGUGUCUGAAAUUUUCUUUGAGAAUUGGAGGAAUCAUCUGACUGUGGGUCUUGUGCCCCGAUUGAGCUGGUUUAGGAAGGUUUGA